AAGAGACAAGAAGCCCCAACAUUCAGCCGCAAGUGGCAUCCAGAGCCAGCCUGGGAAAAGGCCCGCUGCCUGUCCGUCCCCAUGGGCCACCGUGGGCCCUGGCUGCACACUUCUCUCCUCUGGGCUGCCGUGGCCAGCCUGCUCCUCCCCCCAGCUGUGACCCAGCAGCUGAGAGGGGCUGGGCCAGGCCCCAGCAACUGGAACAACAAUGCAGGAGUCUCGAGGCCCUCAGAGGACAUGUCAGGUGAGUUUGGCCACCCCAGCCACAGGGGCCACAGAGAUGAGAACGAGGAUGUUUUCCCAGACAGCGGACACCGGUUCUGGAGCCCCGGAGACCACGGAGAAGAGGACAGAGAUGUCUCCGGGGAAUAUGGCCACCGACUCCUAGGCCACAGGUACCAAGGCCACGAGGUUGGAGACGAGAAUGUCUCUGAUGAGGACGUCGUCACGGAGCUUGCUCAGCAGGCCCAUGGGCACGGGGGCCAGGGGGAUGAAGAUGUGGAUGAUUCGGCAGAGCGUGGGCACCACUUCCCCAGCCCCAGGAGCCACGGCCAUCAGGACGAAGGUGAGGACGAAGUGGUGUCCGGUGAGUAUCAACGUCGUGUCAUCAGGCACGUACCCCAAGGCCACCGACAAGAGGAUGAUGAAGAUGAGGAGGGCGAUGAGGAUGAUGAUGACGAUGAGGAUGAGGAUGAGGAUGAGGAUGAUGUCUCCACUGAGUACAGACACCAGGCCCACGGGCACCGAAGCCACGGGGAGGAUGAGGAUGAGGGUGAGGAUGAGGAUGAUGUUGAUGUCCCCACUGAGUACAGACGCCAGGCCCACAGGCACCAAGGCCACAGGGAGGAUGAGGAUGAAGAUGAGGAUGAGGAUGAUGUCCCCACUGAGUACAGACACCAGGCCCACGGGCACCCAGGCCACGGGGAGGAUGAGAAUGAAGAUGAGGAUGAGGAUGAUGUCCCCACUGAGUACAGACACCAGGCCCACGGGCACCGAGGCCAUGGGGAGGAUGAGGAUGAAGAUGAGGAUGAGGAUGAUGUCCCCACUGAAUACAGACGCCAGGUGUACCGACACUCAGACCAUGGCAAGGAAGAAGAUGAUGACUCCGAUGAACAUCACUAUCAGGUCCCUGGCCAUGGACACCAAGGCCGCAAAGCAGAAGAAGAUGACAAUGACUAUGAUGUCUCCACUGAGUAUGGACCCCUGGCCCACAGGCACCAAGGCCACGGGAAGGAAGAGGACGAUGUCUCGGGUGAACAUCACCAUCACCUCCCCAGCUAUGGACACCGAGGCCGGGGAGACAAGGAAGAUGAGGACGAGGGUGUGUCCACUGAACACUGGCACCAGGUUCCCAGACCUUCUCACCACAGCCCUGGAGAUGAGGGGGAGGAGAUCGCAGUCCAGUUCAGCCACCCCGUUACAAGUCACCAAGCGCGAGGCCACGAGAGCACUGAAGAGGAGUACUUCCCAGAUGAGUACAAAACAGAAGUCCCCGGCCAUCACCAUCAUGGAGUCCCCAAGGAGAAAGAUGAGGACAGCUCUGCCACGCUUGGCCACCACACUCCCAGCCAUGGACAACAAGGCCACAGAGAUGAAGGGACUGGCCAGAGAGGGUCCAUCAAAGAAAUUAGUCACCAGCCCCCAGAACACACAAGGGUCGAGGACAGAAGCCAUUUGGGGGAAAAAUAUUCUGAGGAGGAAGAGGAAGAGGAGAAGGAAGAAGACCGUGGCUCCCAUGAGGAAGAUGAAGGUUCAGAGCAGGGGGAAGAAGGCACCCGCCGUGGCAGCCUGGACCAGGGAGAUGAGGAAGAUGAGGAGGAAGGUCACGGCCUCCACCUGAGCCAGGAGGAUAAGGAAGAAGAGGAGGAAGAGGAAGAGGAUGAGAGGAGAGAAGAGAGGACUGAAGUUCGGGCCCCACUGAGCCAAGGCAGCCAGGAGAAGGAGGGCGAGGAGGAGGAGGGGUUGAAGGAAGACCAGCUCCAGUUCACCAUCAUCCCCAACCCACUGGCCAGGAGGGAGGUGGCUGGAGGUGGCUCCAGUGAGGAGGAGAGUGGUGAAGACACUGGUCCGCAGGAUGCCCAAGAGUACGGGAACUACCUGCCAGGGUCCCUGUGUGGCUACUGCUCCUUCUGCAAUAGAUGCACUGAAUGUGAGAACUGUCACUGUGAUGAGGAGAACAUGGGAGAACACUGUGACCAGUGUCAGCACUGCCAGUUCUGCUACCUCUGCCCUCUGGUCUGCGAAACUGUCUGCACCCCAGGAAGCUACGUCGACUACUUCUCCUCGUCCCUGUACCAGGCCCUGGCGGACAUGCUGGAAACUCCGGAACCCUGACCCGGCCGCGGGAUGGCGGCGCAGACGUACCUCCCUGGCCCCCCAACACCUUUCCACAAGCCAUAUUUAUUUCUCUGAAUAAACGCGCUCCCCGAAA